GAAUAUAACAUCAAAUCGCUUUUCGGGUAAUCUCUUUUUAUAAACAAAAAUCACAACUUCAUUAUAAUGAAAUAUGUCUUACUGCUGCAUAUUUUUCUGCUCAAAAUUUCUUUUGAUCACACCGUCCAGCUUCUGGCUUGUUUUUAAAACCUAACAUAACCUGAAACAAACAACAUUUUGAUUUUCGGUUGAAAAUGUUUAGUUAUCGUACGUAUAUAAAUUAUCGCGUAUAGAAAAAUAAUAUAUAAUAUCUACUAGGACAGAGCAAACAUAAUCGAUAAUCAUCUAAUGCUACCGAUAAGCUCUAGUGGAUAUCAUAUCACUGGCAAAUGUAUAAGGAAUAUCAUUUAUACUGUUGUAUUGACAGUAAAAAGUGCACAAGAUAUUACAAGUGAAAAACAAAAAUGUAUUUCUUCAGAAAAUCAGAGAUAUUAUAAGAACUUAGGACUCAAUGUUCUGUAACAGUAAUCCCGAUAAAGGAAGAUUAGACAAUAUCAAAAAAUCAACAAAUAUUAAAUAGAAAAAAAUAUUAUGAUGAAGGCCAAUGUGUUUAAGACAGUUAUAAGAACGAGUACCAUAAGAAAUUUGCUAUUUUUUAUUAUAUUAUCUACGUUGAUAUGUUGUUUGUGUAUGACACAUGUUACCGAAGACGUUACUGUGCAGCAGAAUCUUAAUCAUUUUAGAAAAUCGCGAAGCCUAUCGGAUUAUUUGCAGGAAAUAAGACUACUUCUUGAGCCGAAAAUAGCACCGUGCAAAGAUAAUAUGCCACUUCUGGUGAUGGUAACCUCUGCGCCUUCUCACACGGAGCAGAGGUAUGCGAUCAGAAAUACAUGGGCUACUCGAGUGCCUACUUUGUUUAUAUUGGGCUUAAGUGGUGAGGAGUUGCAGCAUCUGAAUGACAGACACGAAGAUGAUUUAAUUGUGUACGAAUUCAAAGACCAUUACCAGAAUCUCACGUUAAAGGUGGCGCUCAUGCUGAAGUGGGCAUCGGAGGAAUGCUCAUCAGUUAAUUAUUUACUCAAAACCGAUGAUGAUAUGCUAUUAAACCCUUGGCAGUUGGAAACAGUUGUGCACGACACGCCAGACGCUGAUCUACUUGGUUAUAAAAUGGUGAAUGCAGAGCUGGAUCGUCGUGAGAGCAGUAAGUGGCAUAUGCCAAGCUGGUUGUACCCUGAGGAGUUUGUGCCGGAAUAUCUCUCUGGAAAUGGGUAUAUGAUUAAUGGAAAACACCUCAAACCAAUGUUUUUGGCGGCGUAUGAAGUCCCACUUAUUAACAUUGAAGAUAUUUACAUUACAUAUUUAGUGGCAAGACGUAAACUUGGUUUAAAAUUGACCCACGAACCAAGAUUGAGUGUAUACAGGCCUUGGCUACCCCUAGUAAGCUCUUAUUGGGAAUUGGCAUCAGUUCACGGCUUCACACCACCAGAACUUUUGGCAUGGUGGUCAGAGCUCUUAGAUAUGAGCAAAAAUGUCAAAUGAAAUAAGAAUAUUUAACUUGGCGAUAGACGGCAAUACAAAUUACUUAUAUCAUCACAGCUUGAUAGCAAUAGAAAUGCUUGGUGGUAAAAACUCACAGAUAUGAGUAAAAUGUCAAUUGAAAUACAAAAAAAACUAAUGACGCGAGACGAAACGUUGCAUUCGAUUGUCAUUGGUCAAACGGACGUUAUGACGUAUCGUGUCGCGUGUCAACUGUCAACGCGUAUUGGUCUGAAGAUGCUGUCGACCAAUCAGAACGGAACGCACAAUUGUUUUUCUUCUUCUGUUAUACGUUUUUCGCUUUACAUUCUCACCCUCCAAUCUAAAUCUAGCCCUUUUUUAAUCAGUUCACUGUUAUUAGCAAGAUGUGACAAUUAUAAAAAAAAAAUUGCGGAAGAGGUAUCAGUUUGCCUAUAGGUUAAACGGAUUAGCAAGAUUGUUACGAAAUCUCGUGAAUUAUGUCUUUACGGUGUUAUUUAUUGCGGGCUUUAAGUAUUCCACAAAACUCUUAGCUAUAAGCAAAAGUGUGAAUAUAUUUGUAUUCUUUUAUUGUUUGUUAAUUUACUUUUUAAAUUGUAUACAUAGUCGUUUUAAUGGAUACAAACCUUUUAGUAUGUUUAAAUAUUUUUUUUAAAUAAAAAUUAAGGAACUACAUUU